AUGGCCCCUAAGGUGGAAAACAAGCAAGGCAAGACCAAGCCCAGCGGCAAGGCUGGUGCUGCCGCCAAGGCAGUCCUUAAGGGUGCUGGUGCGCACAAGGCCCACAAGGUCCGCACCUCCACGACCUUCCACCGCCCCAAGACUCUUCAGCUCUCCCGGUCGCCCAAGUACCCCCGCAAGUCGAUUCCCCAUGCCCCUCGCCUCGACUCGCACAAGGUCAUCCUCUACCCUCUGAACACCGAGAGCGCCAUGAAGAAGAUCGAGGAGAACAACACCCUGGUCUUCAUCGUCGAUGUCAAGGCCAACAAGCGCCAGAUCAAGCUCGCCCUCAAGAAGCUGUACGACGUCGACACCGUCAAGGUCAACACUCUCGUCAGACCUGAUGGAUUGAAGAAGGCCUUCGCCCGUCUAACCCCUGACGUUGAUGCUCUGGACAUCGCCGCUACCAAGCUUGCUAUCGUCUAGAGAUGUUUCGUUUUGGGUCUGGGAGAAUUUUUUAUUUUUGCGCGGUGGUUCAUAAAUAUCAGUCAUAAAGUUAGCUGCCAGUGCUUCAAUGAGGGCUGAAUGAUCUUUCCAAAAAGCAGAGGGAAUUACUCGAAUGCAUGAAUACCACGAACAGGACUCAUUCUAGGCCUCGUAAACUGGUUCUACACCUCGUAGAUUCGAACUAAUGCUGCUGGCUCUAACAUUAUGCCUCUCCGCGAAGCAAUGUGGGUCGAGGUUUAGUCGUGUCCCGUUGUAGCUGUGCCAACAGUCCAGAGAUUUGGUGCACUGCUGACUUGAGAACGCCUAUAGUUACC